AUGAGUUACAUCACUCGCCGAGGUCUCUCGACCUUGAUCCCUCCCAAGAUUGCUUCCCCCAAUGCUAUCGGUGCUGCUAAGGAUGCUGCCCGUAUGGAUCGUGUGGUGAACUUCUACGCCAAACUUCCCCGCGGCAACGCCCCUGAAGUCAAGCCCACCGGUCUCAUCGGUCGUUACCAGGCUCGCUACUUCGGCAAGAACCCUUCUGCUGCUCCUCUUGCCCACGCCAUCGGUGGCAUUCUCAUCCUGGGAUACAGCAUGGAAUACUACUUCCACUUGCGUCACCACAAGAACCACCCUCACUAA